AUGACAAGCUUCAAAGUAAGCAUGAUCGUAUUAAUGGAAAAAGAAAUAAGCGUAAGCGUUACAGACGUGGGCAACGACGCAUUGGUUCCAAGACCGCCCGAGCUAUGUGUACAUGAUCACAUUUUAGCAUCUGAUCCAAAGGCACGUGAGCAUCCGUCGAAUAAUU